AUGGCGCCAGCACUAACAUCCACUGGAGUUACCUGUAUUCUUGCUCAAUCUGGAUCUGUGAGAGUAAAUCCUGCUACAGCAAAAUUGGGUGAAGAUGCGACAUUUACAUUCACACCUGCUCCAGGAGAAGCAAUUGCGGUGGUGACUUGGUCUAAAAAACUUGAUACACCCACUUUGGCACCGAGAAAGGCAUAUGUCAAUGAAACGGAAUAUGCAAUAUUCGCAUGUCUUUUGCCUGAUGUUCCAACACAUAUCAUCAACAUCACAUGGAUCAAAGAUGGCGAUGUACUUGAUGUGACUGAUACUGAGAAGUAUCCACAGUCAGAGACAACAUUAGUGAUCAGAGGAGUCAAUAAAAUGGAUGAAGGAGACUAUCAAUGUCGAGCAGAGAAUGCAGCUUACAGUGGGUAUGAGGGAAAGCUGAGUAAUACAGGGACACUGUCGGUGGCUACUCAACCCGAGUUAACAAUACAACAAUCUCAAAAACGUGAACAUUGUCCAGGCUCGGACACGGAUCUUGUUGUUGGAAUGACUUUUCUGGGUAUAUUCAUCGGAAUUGUAUUGUCGUCAGUUGUGUUUGCUAUUCUCUUGAAAACAAGAACUUCAUCUUCAAAGUCUAAAGACCAUGAAAACACAGGUCCAAGAAGUGAUCUUUAGUUGGAAGGAGACAGGUCAGUGGUGGAGCCAGGAUUCAG